AUUCUGUAUAAGCCCCGCCUGCAAAUCUCUACUCUUAUAUGUUGCAUUCCCUCCCGGACCCAGUCGCGGUAUACUUCCCUCAGCCCUACAGCUUCACCAUCACCUUCACCACCACCCACUAACAAGUAGGUGCAUGACAUCAAGUAGUCCGUCAUAUCGUGGAGGACUAUAAAACAUAAGCAUAAUCGCGGGCCUUGUUACCGGGUUUGGCAGCAUCGUUACGUCACGAUUCGAUAGAGCUUCGACCCUCUGGUUGGAGCUCUACAUCUCUGAACUUGCAUUUCUACACAUAACAGUGACGCGAGCCCGUUCGCAUCUUCAUAUUUCAUCUUCUCGAUGCGUCAUAUAGCUACUCGAGUCGCCUUGGCGGCGAUUGUCUUCGCAUCACUUGCGACCGCGCUCCCUCAUGGCGAUGAUGAAUCAAUGGACAUGGGAAUGGAUAUGGGUGCCAGCACUGCGGUACCACAGCCUACUACUACUGCGGCACAUGCUACCCCUGAUGGUCCGAUGAGCUAUUUCGCGUAUGGGAAGCACUCCAGCUCGAUUAUAGCUCACAUUGCCCUGAUGGUUUUGGGCUGGUGCUUCGUUCUUCCAGUCGGUGUCAUGCUCAGUAUUGCGCGUUCACGCCUGGCCCUUCCAUCGCAACUCCUCUUCUUGGUGUUCAACGCGUUCGGUCUCUUAUUCGGAAUUAUCUAUAACGACCAGACACCCGAUCUGUACGAAAACAAUGCACACCACAAGAUUGGCUGGAUCAUCACAUCGGUGAUCACAGUUCAGGUUGCCCUGGCUUUGAUCUUCGCAUAUGCUGGUCGCGGCCAGUCAACCACGCCCAAGUAUGAACGCGCUGGUUUCUUGCCUGUGUCGACUGAUGAUCAUGAACACAUUUACCCCAAUGGUGCCGUGCACGAGUACCGCUGGUCUCGCGACAGCGGCCAGGGAACUGACAGCAACUCACCUUCCAUCCGUAGCCCUGGAUCGCCACCUUCCGGAUGGUCCCCUGAGUAUGACGGCUUUGAGAAGCCCGAGGAGUUGCCUGCUAAGGUCUCCGGCUCACCCGGCUGGUUCCAAAAGACCAAUGUUGGCCGUUUCAUCGCUGAAUAUAUGCCUGAUAUGAUGUCCAGUCGCGCUCUCCGUGGCUUGAGGGCAGUGUAUAAUGUCAUUGAUCGGAUCAUUCUUCCCUUCGGGUUUGUCGCUAUAACAACCGGCGCUGUGACAUACGGUGGUAUCAUGAGAGACCGUGAGAUUUUCAACGGACUUGCCCACUGGAUCAAGGGUGGCAUUUUCUUCUGGUACGGCGUUCUCACUCUUGGACGCUAUGUCGGCUGCUGGGCAGAUCUUGGCUGGGCCUGGAACAAGAAGCCCUCGGCGUCUAUUGUUGGUGCCUGGAAGGCCAAGGUUCCUACUGGCGAGGCCACGGAGUCUUUUGUCAUUUUCCUCUAUGGAGUGACCAAUGUCUUCCUGGAGCACCUAUCCAAUGCAGGCCGUGAAUGGUCUGCUACUGAUCUCGAGCAUGUCUCGAUCUCCGUGCUGUUCUUCGGCGGUGGUCUGGUAACUUGGUAUGCUUUUCGAGUCAACUCGCAUUCGCGACUGGCUCAAUGGUACAAUCCUUCAAACCCCCUCGGCUCAUCAGACGAAGCCUGGCAACUACCGAGGUCUCAGCGCGUCUCCCUGAACCCGAUGCCAGCCCUAAUCAUCAUGCUAUUAGGCAUGAUGAUGGGCUCGCACCAUCAAACUAGCAUGACCUCGACAAUGGUGCACAAGCAAUGGGGCAACAUGCUAGUUGGCUUCGCGCUGGCCCGCGGCAUGACCUACGUCCUACUGUUCCUCAAGCCACCAACCUCAUACCUCCCAGCUCGACCCCCGACAGAAAUCAUCGCUUCCUUCUGUCUGAUCUCGGGAGGUCUCAUUUUCAUGAUGAGCACUCGCAAUGUGAUCGAAGCUAUGGAGUAUUACAAGAUCGACGCAAUGUUCACCUUCACCGUCGGCCUAGGCUUCAGCGCCUUCAUCAUGGCCUACGAGAUCCUAUGCAUUGCCAUCAAGGCCUGGGCCGUGAAGCGUACCCAGCGCCCACAGCCUACCUUCCGCUUCCCGUGAAUAACCUGCACUGGUUUCCCUUUGAUACCCCUAUUACACUGAGGUUUUGUUCUUUUGUUCGGGAUAUAUGGAGUCCUUGCGUGUGGUUUGACAUAUUUGUCUCCUGUCCCCCGAAAAUGUUCUAGCACUUGUUCAAGGACAUGAUAUUCGACGUGAUAUGUUUGAUGGUCUAAUGCGGUAAUAAUGGGGGCUUCUUGCCUACAUAUGUGGUAGAGAUGUUGGAAAUAAUGCAAUGUCAUGUCUAUGAACCUCAAACUGUUAUACC